AUGAAACCUCGUCCAAGUAUUUCUUUUUUAGUUUUAUUUAUUGCUGUCAUUUUCAGCAUUAUAGUUUUUGUACCACUUAUUGAAGGAAAAACAGUAUGGAUCCAAAACAAAUUGGUCGUAGGUACUAUUGCUGAGGCUGUUGCUUUCGAUGAAGAUAUUGAAUAUGAUCGACAGCAAAGUGUUGCUCACCACGGUUUCAGUUUGACAGUACCUGAUAAUUCUACCCAAUUUUGGGUCGUCUUCUCCGUUGUUGGUACAAUUGAAGAUGAGAAAAAACGUGGACCAUUCGAUAAUACUCAAGAUAUCUGUUGGCAUUUUCAUGGUUCCCUUGAUGCAUGGACUGUAAAUCCUUGUUCUUAA